ACGGCACGGGAAGGCCGCGACGCGCCCCGCGCUCUCGCCUCGCUUAUAAUUUUCCUCGUCUCGUUUCCUCCUCGCUUUCUCUUCUCCCUUCCUUUGCCGCCGCGCGCGCCCCUCCCCAACCCCUCCGCUCCCGAGUAUUCUAUUCUAUAUUCCAUUCCCCUGGGGGCCGAGCGGGCCGAACCGAUUCAACACGCUGUGCGCGUCUCGUGUCGGGCGGGGUCGCGGAUAUAAGCCCGCGCGCGCCGCUCGUCAAGGAGGACGGCAGCGCGAGAUCACUCGAUCGCGCGCCCACACAACACGCACAGAGGCGGCAGAGGAAAGCGGCGCGCGGCAGAGCAGGUUGCCAGAGCAGAGCACAGCGGCGGUGGGGCAUCCACGGCACAUGCGAGCAGGAGCAGCGGCGCGGAGGCAGCCGCAUGCGGAGGCGCCGCGCGGGGUCUCUCCUCGUGCAAUGAGCGGCGCGGGCGCCGCGUCGUCGUGCCGGCGGCGGCAGCUCGGGGUCGCGGUUCUGCUGCUGCUGGUUGCUCUCGCGGCCGGUCUUGGUGGAGCAGAGGGGAAGGCGCACAACUACGAGGACGCGCUGCAGAAGAGCCUGCUCUACUUCGAGGCGCAGCGGUCGGGGCGGCUCCCGCACAGCCAGCGCGUCGCCUGGCGCCACCACUCCGGCCUCACCGACGGCCUCGAGCAAGGGGUGGACUUGGUGGGCGGCUACUACGACGCCGGGGACCAUGUCAAGUUCGGCCUGCCCAUGGCGUUCACGGUGACGAUGCUGUCGUGGAGCCUGAUCGAGUACGGCGGCGACGUCGCGGCGGCCGGCGAGCUCGGCCACGCGCUCGAGGCCGUCAAGUGGGGCACCGACUACUUCAUCAAGGCGCACACCAAGCCCGACGAGCUCUGGGCCGAGGUGGGUGACGGCGACACGGACCACUACUGCUGGCAGCGGCCGGAGGACAUGACGACGUCGCGGCAGGCGUACAAGGUCGACCGCGACCACCCGGGCUCCGACGUCGCCGGCGAGACUGCGGCCGCCAUGGCCGCCGCCUCCAUCGUCUUCCGCGACUCCAACCCGCACUACGCGCACCUCCUCCUCCACCACGCCCAGCAGCUGUUCGAGUUCGCCGACAAGUACAGGGGCAAAUACGACAGCAGCAUCGCGGAGGUGAAGAGCUACUACGCGUCGGUGAGCGGGUACAAGGACGAGCUCCUGUGGGCCGCCCUGUGGCUCCACCGCGCCACCGGCAGGGCCGACUACCUCGACUACGUCGUCGACAACGCCCACUCCUUCGGCGGCACCGGCUGGGCCAUCAACGAGUUCAGCUGGGACGUCAAGUACGCCGGCGUCCAGAUCCUAGCAACAAGGUUGCUGCUGAGAGGGGAGCACGCGGCGCGCCACCGGAGCACGCUGGAGCAGUACAGGGCGAAGGCGGAGCACUACGUGUGCGCGUGCCUUGGCCGGAACGCGGACGGCGGCGCGGACGCCAACGUGGAGCGCAGCCCCGGCGGGAUGCUCUACAUCCGGCAGUGGAACAACAUGCAGUACGUGACCAGCGCCGCGUUCCUGCUCUCGGCCUACUCCGACUACAUGGCAGAGGCCGGCGUCGUCACCGUGCAGUGUGGCGGCGGCGAGGCCGUGGCGGCGGAGGAGGUGUUUGCGCUGGCCAGGGCGCAGGUGGACUACGUGCUGGGCACCAACCCCAGGGGCGUCAGCUACCUGGUCGGGUACGGCCCCAAGUACCCCAACCGGGUGCACCACCGCGCCGCCUCCAUCGUGCCGUACAAGCACAGCAAGGAGUUCAUCGGCUGCACGCAGGGGUUCGACCACUGGUUCGGCCGCCGGAGCUCCAACCCCAACGUGCUCGUCGGCGCCAUCGUCGGCGGGCCGGACCGCCGGGACAGGUUCAGGGACAACAGGGAGAACUACAUGCAGACGGAGGCGUGCACGUACAACACCGCGCCCAUGGUCGGCAUGUUCGCCAAGCUGCACCGGAUGGCGCGGCAGGAGCCGGAACGGGGGCCGACGCCGGCAGCGCCGGUGACGUCGGCGGCGUCUGAGGUGUAAAUAGAUAGGACGUAGAGGGGGGCCUGUACAAUUUUCCCCAUUCUUUGGUUCAAUUCUUUUGGGCUUUGGAUUCCAUUUUACACAGAUCGGAGAUGAUUGUAUACAAAAAGGAAGAAGAAAAGGGGUGGAGGCAUUGACAUGCAAAUGUAAAUUCGCUACCAGUACAUACGAGGAGGAAAAAAAAAUUGACAUGCUUAAUUUAUUGGCGA